UGAAUUUAACUCGAGAAUAUUUGGUUGGAGAGGGAGAGUCAAACUGCUAUUAAUUUAUUCUCUUGGAGAGCUCUAGAUUGAAGGUUGAUUAUCCAGUCAAUAUAGCUGCAAAGUGUUGAAAAUCUUGUGAAUUUCAACGUAGAAAUCAACCGGAAAGCCGAAGUCGACGGUCGCUCUUCAGUCUUUUACAGUCGGAGUUCCGAGAGCUCAACAAUUUGAUUCAACUAUUGCUCUCGAGCCUCCGGUUGUAAUUGUAUCAUCACGAUCUACGGUGAUUUGAAGUCGAAGUGGAUCGAGGAAGAGCGGAAAUGGCCGUGGUUGCUUCAGCUCCAGGGAAAGUUCUAGUGACAGGAGGUUACCUUGUCUUGGAGAAACCGAAUGCAGGGCUCGUACUUAGUACUAAUGCUCGUUUUUAUGCAAUUGUAAAACCAAUUUACGAGGAAAUGAAGCCUGACAGCUGGGCAUGGUCAUGGACAGAUGUUAAGUUGACAUCUCCUCAGCUCCUGAGAGAGAGCAUCUACAAAUUGUCAUUGAAAACCCAAUCACUUCAGAGUGUCUCUCCAAGUCAAGCAAGAAACCCUUUUGUAGAAAAAGCAGUGGAAUAUUGUGUAGCAGCUGCAUGUGCAAAAUUUGUUGACAAUGACAAUAAGAAGGCAUUACACAAACUUCUCUUGCAAGGUCUUGAUAUCACUAUUUUAGGUUGCAAUGAGUUCUAUUCAUAUCGGAGUCAGAUUGAGGCUCGUGGACUCCCAUUAACAUCCGAAUCAUUGGCUUCCUUGCCUCCUUUUUCAUCAAUUACCUUCAAUGAUGAGGAAUCAUAUGGGGAAAAUCGCAAGCCUGAAGUUGCAAAAACUGGAUUGGGCUCAUCUGCUGCAAUGACAGCUGCUGUAGUUGCUGCUUUACUCAACUACCUUGGGGUUGUAAAUCUUUCCUUAUUGACAGGUGAGCAAGAACAGAAAGGUAGUGCUGAUGUUGAUUUGGUGCAUAUAAUAGCUCAAAGUGCCCACUGCAUUGCACAAGGAAAAGUUGGCAGUGGCUUUGAUGUCAGUUCUGCAGUUUAUGGCAGUCAACGCUAUGUUCGGUUUUCACCAGAAGUGCUUUCUUCUGCUCAGGCUGCCAAGAACGGAAUACCCGUACAAGAGGUCAUUGUUGAUAUCUUAAAUCAGAAGUGGGACCAUGAGAGGACCAAGUUCUCUUUGCCUCCAUUAAUGACUCUUGUACUUGGAGAGCCAGGAGUGGGAGGGUCAUCAACGCCUUCAAUGGUAGGAGCUGUCAAGAAAUGGCAAAAAUCUGACCCUCAAAAGUCUCUAGACACGUGGAGGAAGUUGUCGCAAGGGAACUCAGAACUUGAAACUCAACUCACUAUGUUGAGUAAACUUGCUGCAGAACACUGGGAUUCUUAUAAAUAUAUCAUAAACAGGUGUUCCAUACUGACCUCAGAGCAGUGGAUUCAUCAAGCCUCAGAACCAAGCCAGCAAAUCAUCAUCAAAGCAUUAUUAGGAGCAAGAAAUGCGAUGCUUGAGAUCAGGCAUCACAUGCGCCUGAUGGGUGAAGCUGCUGGUGUUCCGAUUGAGCCUGAUUCACAAACCAAGCUUUUAGAUGCUACCAUGAAUAUGGAAGGAGUCCUAUUAGCCGGUGUUCCAGGCGCAGGUGGGUUCGAUGCUGUUUUUGCCGUGACCUUGGGAGAUUCAACCAACAAUGUGAUUAAAUCAUGGAGUAAACUAGAUACUUUGGCUCUCCUUGUUAGAGAAGAUCCUCGUGGCGUUGCUUUGGAAAGCUGUGAUCCGCGAACCAAGGCAAUUACAUCAGCUGUUUCAUCAGUUCAUAUUUAGUAAAGGGAAGGUUUCCAUCUCGUUCUAUUACAUUGAAUAAUUUAUUGUUUCAAUUGACAAUGUGAAUUUUCUUCGAAAGAUUAUUUCCAACUUAUUAGAUAAUUAAUAAUUGCUUCACUCAUUCACAGAUUGGAUGAACGUCCAUGUAAUUUCCUUUUAAUUACACUAUGUAUUACUCUUUCUCGAUCAAUAAGAGAACUAGCAUCAGUUUCCCCUAA